CCUCCACAUGCCAGCAGGCAGGCUUCACCAGCAUUGAGCCAUCAGCACUGGCCUACACUUACUGAGACCUUCAUCAGCUUGUUGAGGGAGCUGGCGCGCAGCAGCAAGGCGUAUAGUGACCUGGCGUGUCGCAGUGACCUGGUAGUCGGCGAUAUUGUACUGGCGCUGGUCGACGCCGGCUUCAGCGUCGCAUCGCUGACGGAGUACGCGCGCCGCAAGACGCGCUCGACGCUGCCGACGCCGCUGCCGUCGGUGCCGACGAAGCAGCCGUCGACGCUGCAGGUGGGCGAGAAGAGGGGGCACCCGGCGCACAUCCCCGACCACCUGCCGUCGUUCCCCGACAGCCACGCCUAUGUGCAGACGCCGACGCACAAGCAGCCAAUCACCAACUACGAGGCCGUCCGCGAGAAGGCGGCCAGCCAGAAGCGCGACAUGGAGCGGGCGCUCACGCGCUUCAUUGCCAAGACGGGCCCCGUCGACCGGCUGUUCGACACUGACGAGCAGGCACAGUUUCCGCUGAUCGCCUGCCGGCCGAUCGUUAGUCCGUACCUGCAGGCACUAGAUCCGCGCGACCAGAUCUUCGAGGAGGAGGAGGCGUACGUCCCGCGCAAGCGAGCGCGCCCCGCCGAGGAGCGCGACGACGAGCCGGCGCCGCCUACCGAGCUGGUCGACAACCCCUACCUGCGGCCGGCCAAGAUGCCGCGCAAGCGCAAGUGAUAGCGGGUGUGGGACACGGCGAUGUCGCGGCCGCGCGCCGUCCCUCGGUGUGUGGGGGCUGGCAUUUAGCCCUGCGUCUCGUAACUGUUCUCCCGUGGAGACGACUGUGGCGGCCGUGUGUGGUGCAGACCGUGCCGUGGUUCGCUGCGGUGGCCGCGCGAGGCACAUGGAGGCCUCCACGACGGACGGCCGAGAGGGGAGGUGUGGCGGCCGUGUGGCGGUGUGGGUGUGGACUCGUGGAGUGCGUCGGGUCGCCAGGGAAGUGGACCUAGUCCACGCUGCCGCCUUUCUGCUCAGCUGGUCUGGUCGUCCUUACAUUGUGUGCCACAGACAUUAAUGCGGAGAGUAGUGGGGUGAGGCAUUGCUGCCUUCCCUCUCUAUCUAGGUUCUGCCGCCUCCGACAUUGAUGACUGUGCUGGCGAGACGCUUUUCAUGUAAAAAUGAGCUGUGUGCGCUCUAGUGUAUGGUCAUUUGUAAUGUAUGUGAACCGUCCAGGGCAUUAAGGGGAAGACAGUCGAUAAAACUAGCCAUGUCUGAACUAUUGACGAACUGUGUUUUGACAGUUGCAUAUGCAUUGGAUGGUUCAAUCAAGGCGUGCUUUUUUAUGAAUAUAGCUAGGAAAGCGACCAA